AUGGGCAAUGGAGAGUGGCCUUGGAGAUUGAUGGCAUUCCAGAGGCGCGGUUUCAAUACCAAGGAUAUCCUAGCUUGCAUUAAGGAAUCGAAUGUGAUUGGUAUGGGGGCUACCAGGACGGUUUUCAAGGCUGAGAUUCAACGGAACAUUGUAAGACUAUUAGGAUCUCUUCACAAUGAUUCUGAUGUAAUGAUAAUAUACGAGUACAUGCAAAACGGUAGCCUUGGAGAAGCUUUACAUGGAAAACAAGCCGGAAGGUUGCUUGUAUAUUGGGUUUCACGUAUAGCGCUUGGAGUUGCACUGGGACUUGCUUACCUCCACCACGAUUGUUUUCCACCAGUAAUCCACCGGGAUGUUAAGUCGAACAACAUAUUGCUCGAUGCCAAUCUUGAGGCAAGAGUUGCUGAUUUCGGGCUGGCAAAACUGACGCUUAAGAAGAACGAAACAGUCUCAGUGGUCGCAGGAUCAUACGGAUACAUAGCCCCUGAAUAUGGAUACUCGUUGACGGUUGACGAGAAGAGUGACAUUUAUAACUACAGAGUAGUACUAAUGGAACUCCUCACAGGGAGAAGGCCAUUGGACCCUGAAUUCGGAGAAUCUUUGUUUGUAGGAUGGAUGUGCAGAAAAAUGCUCAAUAAAUCUUUAGAAGAAGCUCUAGAUCCAACUGCAGGAAACACUAAACAUGUUCAAGAAGAGAUGUUAUUAGUCCUACGAAUAGCCAUACUUUGUACAGCCACGGUCCCCAAGGAUAGACCUUCCAUGCAGGAUGUUCUAACAAUGCUCGGAGAGGAUAAACCUCGAAGAAAAAGUAUUAGCAACAAUGGAGGAAAUUCUGCUAACCAAGAUACGCNAGGUCCCCAAGGAUAG